AUGUCCAAUGGAUUCAUCAAGUUCGACCCGUCCCUGGUCGAUGAAAAUCGCGGCCAGGACAUCUUCAUCAUGUGUGUCGUGUUUUCCGUCCUCAUCAGCCUGUCCACCACGUCGCGCAUUGCCGUCAAGUUCGCGACCAAGGCAGGUCUCAGGGCUGCCGACUACCUCAUCAUCAUAGCCUUUGCCUUCAAUUUAACUGCCAACAUGCUCGAGAUCCAGGCCGUCCAGGCAGGGUUCGGCCGUCACCUGCAGUUCCUCACCCGCAGCCAGGUCCUCACCGUCAAGCGGCUCAGCCAGUACAACAUCCUCAUGGCCAACAUCUCCCUCUGGGCAGUCAAGAUCUCCAUCUGCUGCUUCAUCCUGGCCCUCAUACAGGGCGUCCACCGACGCACCACGUGGGUCGUCUACGCCCUCAUCGCCGUCACCACCACCGCGAGCACCUGCCAGGGCAUCUUCUGGGCUCUGCAGGCCAACCCGCUCCGCAAGCUCUGGGAGCCCGAUAUCCCCGGCGAAGUGAAGAGCAUCAAGACCCUCGUCACCUCCAUCAUUGCUUUUACGAUCAUCAACAGCAUCACUGAUCUUUUCUACGCCAUCUCGCCCAUUUACUUUAUUGGAGGUCUGCACAUAAGUCUCGGGAAACGGCUUGUGAUUAUCGGGCUAACAGGGUCGGGCUUGUUAGUCUUUGCCUCGUCGAUUACUCGCGUUGCCUUUGAUGGCGACUUUUACAAGCCAGACUUUACUUGGGCCUUGUACCGGGUGUACCUCUGCACGAUUAUAGAGCGCAACCUCGCAGAGGUCAUUGCCGACCUGCCCGCGACCUUCGCUCUUGUCCGCAACGUGCGCAAUAAGACGAAUGCCCUCUGGUCACGGAGCACUCACGGGUCGUCUACCAAGGCCUCUGAUCAUACAGGAAGCGACGCCUCCCGAUCGGGCAGCAAGGGCUUCCCGGGGGCCAACGCGCGACCUGCCAACGCCAAGUCGGACUACCAUGAGGAUGAAAAUGAGGAUGAAAUACCGCUCAGCACCUCAAUCCCGCGUAUUCCAAAAGGCAGCGGCGUCGUCCAUAUGGAGACCAGCAUCGACAUACAGGCACACAGGGUUGAUUUGCACGAGGAGCAACUAAGCCGCCAGACGCUGGUCCAUCCAUGGGACAGGGGGGCAACCAUUGUAUAG